AUGCAGAUCAUUGACAAAGUUCAAGUUGAACCUGUUGAAGAAUCAUCUGAAGAGGUUCGUCAGAAGAACCACCCUGUUGAUAACUAUCCUCUCUGGUCUAAGAAGGAUAAUCCAGCCAGCAUUCUGGAAUAUGUGAGAAUGCUCAGAAGUAAAGGAGAUCCAAUCACUCUUGAGAAAUUUAUCAAAAGUCUUCCUGAUAGUCCUCCUGAGGUACCAACAAGGAAGUCCAAGAGAACAACUAGCAACAAGCCUUUAGAUCCCAAGGGCAAAGGGAUUCUGAUAGAGGAAACCAAGAAGAUGAAAGCUACAUCGAAAUCUGUGGUCAUCAGGGAACCAAUUCCAGAACCCUCUCCUGAAAGAACUCUAGUGGAGUCACCUCAGAAAUAUCAGUCUGAUAGCUCUGAGAGCUCUAUGGCUUCCUCCAUUGGAACUCAAGAAGAAGAAGAUGACACCAACAGAGGAGGAGCUGUUCACUCUAACUCUGAAGAAGUUUCACCUAGAAGGGAUGUCAAGAGGAAAGCUGUCAUGGAAGAAUCUUCUGGUGAUGAAACUGAAGAUGAUGAUGUUCCUCUGACCAAGAGGCAAAGAAUUCAAGCAAUUCAAGUUGAGGAAGAAGUUGAGCAGGAUGAUUGUGAGAUUAUUGGGAAUAUGCUUCAAGUUAUAAGGGAAUCUCCAGAAGCUGAAGAAUCCACCGAUUCUGAUGAAGUGCCCAUAGGCAUUAGGAAGAAACUGCCUCUGAAGGGUCCACUUCAGAAGAAGGAGCCAGAACCAAAGCAAGCAUCUGAGAGUGCUUCAGAGGUUCAAAGGGAAAGGAGAUCAAAGAUAGCCUCUGAUCCUGCAAGGACUGCCAGAAUCACCAGAUCUACCAUCCUCAGAGAUUCAAUUCCACCUCAAACAGAACCUCACACACAAACCAUAUCUCAAGCCGAAACACAAGCUCCCCACUUAAACAUCAAAACUGCUACCACUUCCAUUCCAUCCAUCCCAAUUCAAACCUCUUCCACAUCCACCACCACUGAGUCUGUACCUCUCUACAAUUCAUUCAUUAAGGGUAUCACUCAGAGUGAGGCCACCUUGAGGGACUUGGUUCAACAAUUCACACCCAAGCCUCCAUCCACCUCAAGAACCCUUCUAAUAACUGAAUCUGGUGAGAUUCCUGCUGAAAAGGACGAUGAAGAUGAGGAUGUUCAGAUUCUAGAACCUCCUUUCAAUGUGCAACCUAUCCAGCAGGUAGCCUCCUAUUUUGAAGAUGUCCUCCUAUGUGUCCUUGUCUCACUACUCCACAGUAAACUCAAAAUAUCUGAGUUUCACCUCGCCUGA